AUGGCACCCGGGAAAAAGUUUGUGGUGAAGGGAGGCAAAAAAAAGAAGCAGGUCCUGAAGUUUACUCUAGACUGUACCCAUCCUGCAGAAGGUAGAAUUAUGGAUGCUGCCAAUUUUGAGCAGUUUCUUCAGGAGAGAAUCAAAGUGAAUGGAAAAUCUGGGAAUCUUGGUGGAGGUGUUGUAACAAACGAAAGAAGCAAAAGCAAGAUUACUGUAACUUCUGAGGUGGCUUUUUCCAAAAGGUAUUUGAAAUAUCUCACCAAAAAAUAUUUGAAGAAGAAUAACUUAUGUGAUUGGUUACGCGUAGUUGCUAACAGCAAAGAAAGUUAA